AUGGACGUCCACCUGGAUGGAUUGUUCAACCUAAACGUCAGCUACGACUACGACGAGGACUACGUGUAUAAAGAUGACGAUCCAGAUUUAAAGGGAGGACAAGCAGUGUGGAUCCCUCUUGUCUACUCAGUUGUGCUGAUCCUAGGUCUAUUCGGGAACGGGCUGCUUUUGGCGGCGCUGGCGCUGAAGAAGCGAGCGUGGAGAACGUCAGACACAUUCAUUCUCCACCUGAGUGUGGCCGACGUCCUGCUGCUCAUCACGCUGCCCCUGUGGGCCGCACAAGCCACACAGAGUUGCGGUUGGUGCAUCGGACUCGCUCUUUGCAGGAUCAGCGCAGUUAUUUUUAAGCUCAACUUCUUCUGCGGGAUCUUUCUCCUGGCCAUCAUCUGUUUGGACCGCUACCUGUCACUGGUCCAUGCCAAGCAGCUGUACUCCCACAAGAAACCCAUGUUGACCCACCUUAGCUGCCUUUCAGUGUGGCUAGUCUCCCUGCUCCUUACCAUUCCAGAGUGGCUCUACAUGCCGUUGGAGCGCCAUCCGUGGAAGGAGGAGAAAACCCAGUGCUUCCUCGGUCUCUACACUGCAAACAAACACCUGGGGUCGCGCAUCUCCCACCAUGUGUUCAGCGCGGCUGCCGGGGUGGUCAUCUUCUUCUCCUGUGGGACACCAUGGCUCCAGCGCUCAGCUAAAACCAUCCGAAAGAGAGUGGUCACACUUAUUCUGGUUGGGGUCUUCUCACUCUGCUGGAUUCCGUAUAACGUCGUACUCGUCAUUGACACGUUUCGUGGCACAGAGACGACCUCGGACGCUUUAUCCGGGCUUCCCCGAAGCUCACGGAGGACUGCCCUGAAAGUCACGGCUGUAUUGGGCUGCGUUCACGCUUGCCUCAGGCCGUUGCUCUACCUCGGCCUGAGCAGCGAUUUUAGGAAGUGGACUCUUGCGAUGCUGAGUUGCGUCAGAGCGGAACCUAAGGGAUCCGUGUGGGAGUUGGGAGUAGGCGACGACGCCCUGCUUGAGCAGAACCCAGAGACCGAGCAGCUGAAGCAGCUUGCCAGCGUGGACCAGCAAGUGCAGGUGAAAAUGGCCACGUAG